GAGGCGUAUUACCUCAUCGCCUUAUAUUAAAUGUUUGAAACUGGGAGACAGCCUAUAUCUUAACAGAAUGUUUGGAAACUUAUGUCAUCCAUAUUUGUUUUGACGCGUAUUUUGUUCCGCUUGGCAUCAAUAUAAUGUAACGACAUCGUAUUAUUUUCUUAAGAACUGGAUAGAUUGGAGAAAUCAUGGACACUGAUAAGAAUAAGCGCCAGGAUAAAUCCGAUGUUGCCGACGUUGUUGAGAAAGGUAGACGCAUGGAUGAAGAGGAGGUCGAUAUAGGCUUUAAGGACCUGACAGUUGCGACGGCGCCCAACAUAUACGUGGGCAAACGUAACUUCAUUCACCAGCUUAUGGACGUCGCUCUCAUGAUGGCGAAUGUCUCACAGCUGAAAGCGCUUCUCGUCGCCCCUCGCGGCGACUACUUCCUCCUCCUCCUCUCAUUCAUCUGCCUAUCAAUAGUUCUCCAGGUCCUGUUCACAAUCUGCAUGCUCGUCAUCUGGUCUAUUGAGAAAAACCUCGAGGAGAAGACGACACGUGCGGCAUAUGACGCUCCUACCGGUAAUGGCCCCGUACCGUCGACAUUGAUUCUCAACAAAGAGGACGAGGGGAGAAAGCUGCUUGCGAACAGACUGGACAGAUUUGGGAAUGUACUUGUGCUGUUUAUUAUCGUCUCAAACGUGUUUGUGACGGGGUUUGGUGUGGAAGGGGGUCGACAUGAAGGAGCUGGAGACGGAAGCGGGGGCGGAAGCGGGAGCUUGUUUGGGACUGGACACGCCGCGAACAACACUACGUUUCAAUAAAUUGCAACUUGUUUGCUAUACUCCAGCGUUAAAUAUGCAUAGCGACAUUAUCAACGAAUAUUUUAUUUAUACUGAUUUUACUACUACUACGUAUGCUUAUUUUUCCGUCUGCGAAAAGUUUUCACUGAAAAACUUUUUAUUGAUUAUAAAAAUAAACAUGUACGCAUUAUUUUAUUUAUCUUUUUGAAACGAUACCUAUAUUUUAAGUAACAAUUUAUUAAAAGCGUUUUAAAAUG